AAGGGAAAAAUAUGGUGGGAACAGUUAACACGGGUAAAAUUUUCAAUUCGAAUAAAACGACAGCGUUUGACUAAGACCAUAAAAGUAGAAGACGUCGGCUUGAGAGAGAGAGAGAGAGAGAAGAAGUAGAAGUGACGACGAAAAAAAAAAAAAAAAAGUGAAAACCGUCGGCUUGAGAAGCAACUUUGGAUAUUUGGUGGCGACUCUUGAGCUUUUCGUUAUAAAGCGCUUUUAUUUUUUCAAUCCCAACAAAAAGAUCCGAAGACGAUAUCUGAAGCCUACGAUUCUCUAUCUGAAAUAGUUGUGAUUGAGGUUGGUUUUUGAGAAGCGGGAUUAGUGAUCGGAGCUGGGUUUUUGCUGGUAAUCGGAGGUCGGAGAGAUAAGUCAACGGAUAUGCCGGAGGAAGAGUCGAUAGAUAUCAAAUUCAGGCUGUACGAUGGCUCUGACAUCGGACCGUUUCGAUAUUCAGCUGCGUCUACGGUUGAUUUUUUGAAGCAGAGGGUCGUCUCCGAUUGGCCCAAAGGCAAAACAGUUGUUCCAAAGGGGAUAAACGAAGUGAAGCUGAUCAGCUCGGGUAAGAUCUUGGAGAACAACAAGACUGUUGGGCAGUGUAAGACACCAUUUGGAGAGAUUGCAGGUGGAGUCAUUGUGAUGCAUGUUGUUGUACAGCCAUCUCUAGCUAAAACCAAGACAGAGAAGAAGGUCGAUAAAGCACCCAAGGCGGUCAUCUGCACAUGCACCAUUUUGUGAAGAAUGCAAGACAUGUAUCAUACAUUACACACACGGUCUCUCAAAUUCUUCCGGUACAGAAGAAAACAAAAACAAAAGAAAGCUAAAAAAAAAGUAAAGUAAAGCUUCCCUUAAAGCUGUGGAGUUUUUAUCUUUGAAUGUGUAGAAAUUGAACUAAAAUUCUUUUCUAAGUACCUCUCUUGUUUCUUAUUUGUUUUUGUCCCUUACUGUCCCAAUGUACUCAAGUUGUAUAGGUUACUAGGUCCAUUACGCGUGAUGAAGAUUAUUAUUUACUAUCUAUUUUAUUAAAAAAACGUAACAAAACACUUGUGCCAUCAA